GCUACAUACGCUUCUUCAACUUUCCGUCCUCACAUCCUCGACAACCUCUUCUUAUACGCACCCAACCCUCUCCUUCUCCCGAGAUCUCCAACCACCAACAACAUCCUCCUCCGCAAUCAUGAAGGCCACCGAUCUCGUCUACUACACCUUCCACCCGAGUCAAUUGAGGUCGAUCAUACAAUGGAAAGUAUGGCACAACCCACUUCACGAGCGGAAUCCGGCGAACGAGACCCCCGAGCUGCGUCGCUGCUUCGAUUUCCUGGACAUGACGUCCCGGUCGUUCAGCGCGGUGAUCCAAGAGUUGUGUCCGGAGCUGUGCGUGUCAGUGUCGCUGUUCUACCUGAUCCUGCGGGGGCUCGACACCAUCGAGGACGACAUGACGAUUCCGUUCGCGGUCAAGGAGCCGCUGCUACGCGACUUCGAUAAGGUGCUUGACCAGGAGGGCUGGACCUUCAAUGGCAACGGCCCCAACGAGAAGGAUCGCCCCCUCCUCGUAGAGUUCAAUGUCGUCAUCGCCGAGUUCGCAAAGAUCCCAGACGUCCACAAGGACAUCAUCAGGGAUAUCACGAAGAAGAUGGGCAAUGGAAUGGCAGACUAUGCCGGCGACGAGGAGCACAAUGUCAACGGCGUCAAGACGAUUGCCGAUUACGACCUGUACUGCCACUACGUCGCGGGACUCGUGGGCGAGGGUUUGACGCGGCUGUUCGUGUCGUCGGACAAGGCGAACCCGGUGCUGCUGGAGAAGGGCGACCUCUCCAACUCAAUGGGCCUGUUCCUGCAGAAGACCAACAUCAUCCGCGACUACCGCGAGGAUCUCAACGACGGGCGCGCGUUCUGGCCCAAGGAGAUCUGGUCGAAGCAUCUGGACAAGUUCUCGGACUUUGCGAAGGUCGAGAACGAGGAGGCGGCGCUCAACUGCAUCAGCGAGAUGGUCCUCGACGCCCUAAGACACGCCGACGACUGUCUCUUCUACCUUGCCGGUAUCAAGGAGCGAAGCGUAUUCAACUUUGCGGCUAUCCCGCAGGUCAUGGCCAUCGCGACGCUGGCGCUCGUCUUCCGCAACAAGAACGUCUUCCAGAAGAACGUCAAGAUCACGAAGGGAGAGGCGUGCCAGCUUAUGCUCGAGGUCGGCAAUCUUAGAAGUGUGUGCGCCAUUUUCAGGAAGUACCUGCGGGUAAUCAAAGAGAAGAAUACCCCCAAGGAUCCCAACUUCCUCAAGAUCAGCGUCGCUUGCGCAAAGGUGGAACAAUGGAUCGAGCAUGUCUUCCCGCAGAAGGUGGCCGAGCCCCCGCAGCCGGGAGAGUCACCGGAAGAGCAGGCAUUAGCGCGGAAGGAGAUCAUGUUGCUCACGGCCGCGGUCGUCACAACACUGUUCUGCAUCUCGGGCCUGAUGUUCUUGGCGGCAUGGCUGAUGGGCGCACGAUUCGACGUCGCGUGGGGAGAGCUCCUAAAGUCCCUCUUUGGCGCUGCAGGCGCAGCUGGUGCGCCAGGUGGCUCGGUACAGGAGCCGGCUGCGGGAUUGAUUACCCCGGUUCCCCAUGGGGAAUUGUAAUCUUCCGUAGUAGGAGCAAUAGAUGGAAAUGGAAAUGGAAAUGGAUUAUGUAUGCUUGCAUGACUAAAAAAAACCCCAGGGGUUUGGGGAGGAGGGGG